AUGGAGAGCGAGCUUGGAGACCAAGAUACCAAGGAGAUUACCCAAGUGAAUAGCCACGACGAUGCCCUAGAGGUCGUCUUCGAAGGCGGAUAUAACGGCCAUCGUCGCAAAGCCUCCCUCGCUCCCCACCCCUCUGGCAAGAUGACGUCCCGCCCCGAAAAUGGUCGCCGCACCACCGCGUGUAUUGUUCACUCCCUACUCGAGAAGCACGAUGGUUUGCCAGUAAAAGACCACUCCCAGUCACACGAAGGUCUCGCGCAGGAAAGGCGUGUGGACAAGGACCCAAGCUCUACGCGUGCCGAGCAGACACAGCACUCGCGGUUGUUGACCAAGAAGGAGCUCUCAGACAUGGCAUUUGGCAUACGGGAACUGUCCAAGAAGCUCUCCCAGAUCAGGCUUAAGCUACACGUGAAGAAUAUCUUCAUUCUGGGCAAGGCGCAUGACGAGGCUCUGAUCAAGAACUCGCGCGAGGUCACCGACUGGCUUCUUCAGAAGAACCCGGAGUACAAGGUUUACGUCGAGCAAACGCUGGAGGACAACAAGAUCUUCGACGCUGCAGGGCUGCUGAAGAAUGAGUCGUACCAAGGACGUCUUAAAUUUUGGACAAACGAGAUGUGCGCUCAAAAGCCGCAGACCUUUGACAUCGUUCUGGCGCUCGGUGGUGACGGCACAGUCUUAUAUGCGUCGUGGCUGUUCCAGCGCAUCGUUCCCCCAACCAUCGCCUUUUCGCUAGGCUCUCUCGGUUUCCUCACCAAAUUCGAUUUCGAGCUAUACCCACAAUCCUUAUCCACUGCCUUCGCAGAUGGCAUCACAGUCAGCCUCCGUCUCCGCUUCGAAGCCACAGUCAUGCGGUCACAAAAACGAGACGGCGAGGGUCGGGAUUUGGUUGAAGAGCUCAUCGGAGAGGAAAUUGAUGACCACCAUACACACUAUUCAGAUGGCACACACAACAUCUUGAACGAGGUUGUUGUAGACCGAGGGCCAAACCCUACCAUGUCAUCUAUUGAGCUGUUCGGAGACGACGAACAUUUCACUACCGUUCAGGCUGAUGGUAUUUGUGUUUCUACACCCACUGGCUCGACUGCAUACAACCUUGCAGCAGGCGGAUCGCUCUGCCAUCCUGACAACCCCGUGGUUCUUGUCACCGCCAUCUGCGCGCAUACGCUUUCGUUCCGACCGAUCAUCCUACCCGAUACCAUCGUGCUCCGCUGCGGUGUACCUUAUGACGCGAGAACGAGCUCAUGGGCUAGCUUCGAUGGCAGGGAAAGGGUCGAACUCAAGCCUGGCGACUACGUCACGAUUAGUGCAAGUCGCUUCCCGUUCCCGAGUGUGCUGCCGCUGAACAAGAGGAGAACGGAUUGGAUCGAAAGUAUUUCCAGGACCUUGCAAUGGAAUAGCAGGCAAAAGCAGAAGGCGUUCAAAGAGUGGGAUUCGUAA